CUGCCCACCUGCCUUUUAGCUCCUUCAUUUCUCCACCUCAUCUAAUCUUCAAUUUACUCCUUCCCUCCACCAUGGCUACGCUGCUCCGGAAAGUCUGGGAGUCUGUCUCCGCUCGUUCUUCUUCCACCUCCCACUCACCUCUCCAGUUAACUUCUUCUUCAGCCACUUCAUCCGACUCAUCGCUCGGACCUUGUUUCGAUUCUAUUCCGCUUGAUAUUCUGCUACAGAUACUCCGGCUGGUCGGCCCCAAGGACGCCAUCAAGCUUGGUUGCGUUAGCCGAGCCUGGAGAUCCCUUGUCUCGGAUAAUCGCCUUUGGAUAUAUUUUCUCCAAUACUAUCAAGGCCACGACGAUCCCUGGGACUCCGUUUUCUUCGCCGAGUUGAACUUACGGUCCGGUUAUCCUCUGCAAACAUUCCCAAGUCGCACAGGGGAGUUAUCUUUCAUGCGCAUUUAUGGUCAACGUGCACAAGUCUCUGGUUCUGUUAUUAUUGAUGGUGGUUCGGGCUAUUGCAAGUUUGGGUGGAGCAAGUAUGCUUGUCCAUCUGGGCGGUCUGCAACUUUUCUGGAGUUUGGUAACAUCGAAUCUCCAAUGUAUGCUAGACUUCGACAUUUUUUUGGCACUAUUUAUAGCAGGAUGCAGGUUAAGCCAUCCACUCAACCAAUUGUCCUGUCCAUUCCAAUAUGCCAUUAUGAUGAUACAGAUUCGGCCAAAGCAUCAAGAAGGCAGCUUAAAGAUGCCAUCCACACUGUCUUAUUUGACAUGAAUGUUCCUGCUGUUUGUGCUGUGAAUCAGGCAACAUUAGCUCUCUUUGCAGCAAGACGGACAUCAGGAAUUGUUGUUAACAUUGGUUUUCAAGUUACAUCUGUUGUUCCCAUUUUAAAUGGGAAAGUUAUGCGUAAGGUGGGUGUUGAAGUUAUUGGACUGGGAGCAUUAAAACUCACAGGAUACCUCAAGGAACUCAUGCAGCAGAACAAUAUUAACUUUGAAUCAUUGUACACCGUGCGGACACUAAAAGAGAACCUAUGCUAUGUUGCUGCUGAUUAUAAAACAGAACUAUCAAAAGAUACUCGAGCAUCAAUGGAGGUUCCAGCCAUGGGUUGGUUUACUUUGUCAAAGGAACGUUUUCAAACUGGAGAGAUCUUAUUCCAGCCACGUAUUGGAGGAGUGCGUGCUAUGGGAUUGCAUCAGGCGGUAGCACUCUGCAUGGAUCAUUGCCAUGCUGCAGAAUUGACAUGCGAUGAUACUUGGUUCAAGACUAUAGUUUUGUCAGGGGGAACUGCAUGUUUACCGGGACUAGCAGAGAGGUUAGAGAAGGAACUACAUGAGACUCUUUCCCCUUCCCUAGCAAAUGGAUUAAGAGUCAUUCCUCCUCCUCAUGGUCCAGAUACUGCAUGGUUUGGGGCCAAGUUUAUCAGCAACUUGAGCACGUUCCCAGGGACCUGGUGCAUAAGAAAGAAGCAGUUCCGACGUAAAUCCAGAGCCAACAUCAUGUGGUGAAGCAGAUUGGGGUUUUCUAAAGUCGACCACCUUCAUCCCCGUCGUGGUAGUUGUAUAAUGAUAUAAUAGCGAAGCAGCCCUUGGGCUUCUUGCCAUGGCUUCGCUUGGCAACAGUUAUGGUAGCGUUAUUGAGCUGCUGUAAACUUUUUUCCUUCCUGCCACCUGGAUUUAAGGGCGGUAGGGCAUGGUAUAAAAUAGCACACAUAUGAGUUUAUCUUAGACUCAAUUGAACUUAAUUUUAAGUAGCACACAUAUGAGGUAAGUCUUUUUUUUUUUUAAUUAUUUAGAAUCUAAUUAUCCCUAAUGUUAGUAAUUUAUAAUAUUAUUACUAAUAUUUUUGUUAUGUAAAGAAAUCUAAUAAAUUAUAAUUAUUGAUAAAUAGUUAUGUUGUAAGGAUGUAACUUUUGUACCUAAAAUUAUUUUAUAAAGAUAAAAUUUUAUGUAAA